AUGACUGGCGCUCCCAUCACCAAUGAACAAACAUCAUUCGAUGUCUUGAUCAUUGGCGCCGGCAUAUCCGGAAUCAACGCCGCAUAUCGCCUACAAGAAGCAUUCCCCAACUAUCGAUAUGCGAUACUAGAGGCACGCGACCGCAUCGGCGGCACUUGGGAUCUAUUCCGCUAUCCAGGGAUCCGAUCCGACUCGGACCUAUACACCUUUGGCUUCUCAUGGUAUCCCUGGAACCGAUCAAAUCCCAUUGGUGAGGGCCAGGACAUCUUGGCAUAUCUCCAAGAUGCUAUGACGACGCAUAAUAUCAGCCCUCAUGUUCAGUUCCAUCACCGUGUGCUUUCAGUCGAAUGGGAUCAACAAACCUGGACGGUCAACAUUCAACACGAUGGUUCUCAAUUCCAAUAUACUGCGAAAUUCCUCAUUUUUGGAACCGGCUACUACGAUCAUAGCGAGCCGCUAGCCACAACGAUCCCCGGGAUUGAAAACUUCAAGGGAGAUGUGAUUCACCCUCAAUUCUGGCCCGAGGACUUUGAUUACAUGAACAAGAAUAUUGUGAUCAUUGGCAGCGGCGCCACUGCCGUGACACUUGCUCCCAAACUCUCAGAGAAGGCUGAUCGUGUGACGAUGCUCCAGCGAAGUCCCACGUAUCUCGCAUCACUCCCCAAUCGACACUCCGGGAGCUGGUUGAGCCGAAUACUCCCAACCACGAUCAACUAUUACAUCAACCGGAUGAAACGGCUUAUUAUUGGUCACUUGAUGUACGCUUUCUGCAGGGCAUAUCCCAACGCGGCGAGGGGUAUACUAGAGAAAGGCAUGUUGAAGCAGCUGCCGCCUGGAUUCCCCUUGAAUCCGCAUUUCAAGCCACGCUACAACCCGUGGGAGCAAAGGCUCUGUGUCUGUCCGAAUGGAGACUUCUUUGCGGCGAUACGAUCUGGAAAAACCCACGUUGUAACUGAUUACAUUGAGACCGUUGACUCGGAUGGUAUUCAAUUGAAAUCGGGCCAGAGGCUGACUGCCGAUACCAUUGUCACAGCGACUGGGCUGAAAUGGCGAUUCAUGGGCGGAAUCCCCAUUACUGUGAAUGGAGAGAAGAUUGAUAUCUCAGAAAAAUACAUGUGGAACGGCUUUAUGAUGCAGGACCUCCCUAAUGCCGCUGUUCUCGUCGGAUACGCCAGUUUGUCUUGGACGCUAGGUGCUGAUGCGAGCAUGUCUUCCAUCUGCCGACUUAUCAAACUCAUGAACAGCAAGGGCUAUUCUGUAGCUCGUCCCAGUCUCCAAGACUCGUCAAAGCUGGAGCCACGGCCAUUGCUGGACCUCUCAUCGAAUUACAUCAAGCGUGCUGAGGGUAUGCCGAGAGCUGCGUCUUUGCGACCGUGGAUCGGCCGGACGGGCUACUUUUCUGAUAUGUGGUUUGCGAUUUUUGGAAAUAUCACGAAGGGGUUGGAACUGAGUGCUUAG